UGGAUUGGACAAGAAAGUCAUGAUGAAGCUGUUCUGCCUGUUGCUGCUGCUAACAAGUUCCACUGCUGCUGUCCCUCUGGAGUCCUCAGGUAGAGAAGAGUACCCCACCGUGUCCUCCCAGGUCUUCACCACAGCACCAAGCCCAACUGAGGCAAAGUCUCGCUUUGCCAUGCUGGAUGACGUCCGUCUACUUGCAAACGGCCUCCUGCAGCUAGGCCAGAGCUUACGGGAGUUUGUCCACAAGACCAAAGCCCAAAUCAACGACAUCUUCCAAAAGUUGAACAUUUUCGACCGUUCUUUUUACCAGCUCUCAGUGGUCACCUCAGAGAUCAAGGAGGAAGAGGAGGAGCUCAAGAAGACCACCAAUUUCUUGAAAGCCAACAAUGAGGAGAUCAAGAACUUGUCACUGGAAAUCAACUCUAAGAUCAACGGCAUUCUGCAGGAGCGUACGCAGCUGCAGAGCAAGGUGGGGAACCUCGAGGAGAGGCUUAAGGGACUGUCGCAGAGCAUGGUCCCUGUUGACCAGCUUAGUGAAAUCACAACGCUCAAGGAGGUGAUUGAAGCUCAAGAGAAAACAAUCACCAAUCUGCUGAAAGCUGUGAGGGAGCAGCAUGAUCAGCUUGACAACCAGAAAAUCAAGAUUAAAAAUCUGGAGGAAAAGAUAAGCUUUGACAGCUAUCAAGAUACAGUCAAUAAGCCAAUGGAUUUAGACACUUCAGCUUCUGACAUGUUUGAAUAUCUGACAGGAAACUCAACUGACCUGGAAACAAAUGACCUCUCUACGGACUGCAGUGAGUUGUUUAACAAAGGAGAGGCAAACAGCGGGAUCUAUGUUAUCAAGCCAAACCAAUCUGAGCCAUUCAACGUUUACUGUGAAAUGGGUUCAGACGGAGGUUCAACUGUAAUCCAACGCAGGGUUGACGAUUCGGUGGAUUUUGACCAGACAUGGAACAAGUAUGAGAAAGGCUUUGGAGAUCUGGAAAAGGACUUCUGGUUGGGCUUAAAGAAGAUCCACAGCCUAACCCAGCAGGGAGUUUACAUCCUGCGUAUUGAUUUGGAGGACUGGAUGGAGGAGCAGCACUGGGCUGAGUACCGCUUCUCACUGGAUGGUCCAUCAAAGGACUACACCCUUCAGGUCAGCCAAUUCUCUGGUGACCUGCCUGACGCCAUUGGCAACAGCACUGGCAUGAGAUUCUCCACAAAAGACAGAAACAAUGACAACCAUCGAAACUCCAACUGCGCUCGCAAUUACACAGGUGGUUGGUGGUUCAAUGCCUGCGGAGAGACAAACCUUAAUGGAAGAUAUUUGUGGUUGAGGGCAAAAGGACGCUCAAUGAGAAGGAAGGGCAUGCAUUGGAAGCCUGGCACUGGGCCGUCAUAUUCCCUGAAGAUGACCAAGAUCACUAUACGACCAGUGCGUACAGCUGAAAGCUUCAACUGAACCCCACAACUCAUAACUUCUUUUACAACACCACUGGCUGUUUUCACAAACAUUAAUUUCUAAGGCAAAAGUGAAGUAAAAGUCAUUUUAUACAUCUAUGAUAUUCAAAUUCUAUGUUUAUCUGCAACUGCAAAGUGUCACAAGGCAGAAUAUGCAGAACAGUCACAAUGAUGCAACCUUGCCACAAGGCCAUUAACCUAUUGGGUCUGAUGCAGCAGGGACAGUAGAAUUGUCAUUAUGCAACAUCUGCAAUCACUUGCAAAAUGGACAUAUUGAUCCACAUCAGUAACCUGAUUCAGUGCUGACUGCAAAAUGUCACAAUACUGCAGCAGAAAGAAAGAAAACUAUGGCACUAAGGUAAUUCUAAAACUGAGAUUGCUUGGCUAUCUUUUCAGUGAACUUAAAUAUAUUCUAUCAGCUUCUAUGUUAGCUAUUUAAAUGUGUUUUAUCUUUGUGAUGAGAAACGGCUGCAUGUUCAACAGGUUAUUACAUAGAGCAUGCAAAUUUUACGCCAAGGUUCAAGAGAAACACUGCAUCCUAACAUCUCAAAGAGCCCCUACUGGUAAUUUUUUUUUCCAAUGAAGGCUAUCUAAAUUUUGUCCUGGUAUUUUACACUGCUUCAUUCCUAAGUGGGAGCAACGUCAACAGUCAAAUACAGAACAAAAUAUUGGAGAUCCAAAGCUUUUGCAGCAUACUGAUGAUGUUUUUCCCUGUGUUUGUUCAAUGUUUUUUUACUCUGUAAAGUAUUUAAUCUAUGUUCAUGCUAUAUUUUGAUUUAUGCUGGUAUUCUUAGAAAAAACACCCUUUAUGCAUGUUUCCUAAGUUAUCGAGUCAUAUUGACUCUUGUCCAUUAUUAGACCAUAACUAACUGUACUGUAAAUGUGCCUCAUACUAACACAUCACC